AUGGCCAAAAACCUCCUCCUUCCACAGAUGCUUCAGUACUAUUCCCUCAUCUCCUUCUUCUUCUUCCUGGCCACGAUUCCAAUUGCCUCCGCAGCUACUGAAGUGGAGGAUGAGAGGGAGUUUACAUACAGGCCGGACGGGGAGAAUGGGCCGGCCCGAUGGGGUGAGAUUCAUCCUCAAUGGCACAGCUGCAACAAAGGGAAGAUGCAAUCUCCUAUCGAUAUGUUGGACGACAGAGUUGAUGUCGUUUCGCAUUUGGGGAGGCUGAAUCGAAGCUACAAGGCAGCCAAUGCCACUCUUAUGAAUAGAGGCCAUGACAUGAUGUUGAAGUGGGAGCAGGGUGGCGCAGGAAGCAUUCGAGUAAAUGGAACUGAAUACUUUCUCGAGCAGUGCCACUGGCACACUCCUUCCGAGCACACCAUGAACGGCAAGAAAUAUGCUAUGGAGGCUCACAUGGUUCAUCAAAGUGUCGAUGGCAAAAUUGUGGUGGUUGGGAUUCUGUACACCAUAGGAAGGCCCGACUCAUUCCUUCGAUCGAUAAAGCAUCAUCUAGAGGACGUGGCGCCGGGGGCGAAAGAAGACCGGACGGAAGUGGGAGUAGUGGAUCCGAGAGACAUCAAGAUCGGCAGUAGAAAGUACUAUCGAUACAUUGGCUCCCUUACUGUCCCUCCUUGCACAGAAGACGUGACAUGGAGUAUUGUUAAAAAGGUUAGAACCGUCUCCAGAGACCAGUUGAGGCUGCUUCGGGUGGCUGUUCAUGACGAUUCAAACUCAAACGCUAGACCAUUGCAACCUAAGUUUGGAAGGAAAGUGAAUCUCUUCAGGCCCGAAGAAAGCAGAGAUGAUUAG